AUGAUGAUGGUUCCGCGUACGGCGAUGGUGCCGGAGUUUCUGACACCGACGCUGAAAUCCUCCCGUAGAUAUUUCAGUUCUCAUGGUCAAUUUGGCGUUGCAGUCUUUCGAUUUGGCGGGAGAAGAUUUCUCAAUCCGAGCAGAGUCUUCGCCCUUUCUGAAACCAGUAAGCUCGUGACGGAGUUUGAUCCGGAGAUUCCGUUGGAGAGAGCAUCGACUCCGCCCACCUCUUGGUACACCGACUCUCAAUUCUACCGUCUCGAGCUCGAUCGGGUCUUUUAUGGAGGAUGGCAAGCCGUAGGAUACUCUGAUCAGAUUAAGAACAAUCGCGACUUUUUCACCGGAAGACUUGGGGACGUAGAAUUUUUGGUGUGUAGAGAUGAUAAUGGAAAGAUCAAUGCUUUUCACAAUGUAUGUUCUCACCAUGCCUCUGUAUUGGCAUCUGGAAAUGGGAAAAAGUCUUGCUUUGUGUGCCCUUAUCAUGGAUGGACGUAUAGCUUGAACGGGUCGCUUGUCAAAGCUACUAGAAUGACUGGGAUAGAGAACUUUGCUCUAAAUGAAAUGGGACUCAAACCUCUAAGAGUGGCUGUCUGGGGACCUUUUGUUCUUCUCAAGGUGACCAAAACCACACUGAGUCAAGAGGAACUCGUGACCGAUGACGUAGUGGCAGCAGAAUGGCUUGGUACUUCUGUGGGGAGGUUGAGCCAAGGUGGAGUUGAUUCCCAUCUUAGUUUCAUAUGUAGACGCGAAUACAUCAUUGAUUGUAAUUGGAAGGUGUUCUGUGAUAACUACUUAGAUGGUGGCUAUCAUGUGCCUUAUGCACAUAAAGGUCUGAUGUCAGGCCUUGAUCUCGAAACCUAUUCUACAACGACAUUGGAAAGGGUUAGUAUCCAAGAAUGUGGAGGUGGUUCCAAGGCUGGUGAAGAAGACGGUUUCAGUAGGCUUGGAUCUCAAGCACUAUACGCUUUUGUCUACCCAAACUUCAUGAUAAAUAGGUAUGGACCUUGGAUGGACACAAAUCUAGUGAUACCUUUAGGACCACGGAGAUGCAAAGUAGUCUUCGACUAUUUUCUUGAUCCUUCUUUAAAGGAUGAUGAAGCUUUCAUCAAGAGAAGUCUGGAAGAAAGUGAGAGAGUUCAGAUGGAAGAUGUUGUGUUGUGUGAGAGUGUUCAAAGGGGUCUUGAAUCGCCGGCUUAUGACAAAGGAAGAUAUGCUCUGGUGGAGAAAGCAAUGCACCAUUUCCAUUGUCUGCUACAUCAGAAUUUAAAACUGUAG